AUGAUGCCAAUAUCUACAAAUGAUCUUUAUCAACGUUAUACAACAACAUGGCCAUUUUUAUCUUUAAAUGUGCCGUCAAGUCGUCAUCUCUAUCAUUGUGCAGAUAAAUGUCGUCCAUCGACGAACAAUCGUAUCACACGAUUCUAUAUUGAUGACAUACUUGCUGAUUCGAAAACACCGACCACGAAUGCUCUUUGUUCAUAUUCAGCGAAGAAUCUGAAAGAACGACGCCGAUCAAUGUCAAAUAGUGAUGAUGGAGAUUCAUUAGUAAAUCCUCAAAAGAAGAAAAAGAAAAAAGCACGAACGACUUUUACUGGAAAACAAAUCUUUGAAUUGGAGAAAAAAUUUGAGGAUAAAAAAUAUCUAUCAUCAACAGAGCGCGCAGAGAUGGCAACUUUAUUAACAGUUACUGAAACUCAAGUUAAAAUCUGGUUUCAAAAUCGGCGAACAAAGUGGAAGAAGACAGAGAACAUUUCCAAUGCGGAAGCAGCUGAACAUAAGCUAGGUACACGAAAAAUGUCGUCAACAUCAACAUCGUCAUCCAUUGAUCAUAAUCGAAAUCCGACUGUUUCAUUGCCAACAGGUGGUAGUACAAGUAGCAAGAGCAGUACUUGCAGUUCAGUUAGUUCGCACCGAUCCGAGGAACAAGCUUAUCAUAAUGCAACUGCACCGCCGCCUCCUCCUCCAACACUUCCAUUAAUUUAUUUUAAUCCGUUUUCUCAAUUACUUCAAUCAUCGUGUACAUCCAAUGCAGACAGACUAUUUCCAACAUCAUUCGAUGAUCAAUGUCGUUCAAGAUCAUCAUCACCUGAAUCUCCAUUGACAAUAUCUGAAACAACUCAUUGUUUACCAUCGAGCAGCUCAACACCCGUCAAUGAACACAACGAAGAGCAAGAAGAUGAUGAAAAUGUUAAACCACAAUCACUAAACGAACAGAGAUCUUGUUCAAGAUGA